AAAAUUAAUCUGCUACAAGUCAAAACACACCAAAAAUUGAAAGAUGGAUUCUUCUAACAUCAUCCACAUUUCCGAAUGCUUUGUAAAGCCAAAAUAUGAGGUUGAAGAAUCAAAACAACCAUAUCAUCUGGCUCCUAAGGAUUUAUCCUUGCUUUCUUUCCAUCACAUCCAAAUCGGGCUCAUGUUCAUUAAACCAACCCAUCUAGAUGACCAUCGAGAGUUUUCGAUCCUUUCGUUCGUUGAUGGACUUAAGGAGUGUCUUUCUCUCACCCUGGUUCAUUUUUACCCUCUAGCGGGUCAACUUGUCUUAGAAGUAGAUGAAGACAAGCAUGAAUGUCGAAUCUAUGUGGAUUGCAACAAGGGCCCUGGGGCUAGAUUCAUCCACGCGGCUUUAGGUGUGACCGUUUCUGACAUUCUCUCCCCUAAGGACGUACCUUUGGUAGUCCAAUCAUUAUUUAACCUCAAUGAGGAGGCUUUGAACUACGAUGGUCAUACAAAACCUUUGUUAUCGGUACAAGUUACAGAGCUCCUAGACGGUGUGUUUAUUUCGUGUUCUAUAAAUCAUUGUAUUACUGAUGGAACUUCUUACUGGCAUUUUUGGAACAAAUGGUCCGAGAUACAUAGAGUAAACGACAAUAAUAAUCAAAUUUGUGAGUCACGUCGUCUUCCAAUAAUCCAUAACCGUUGGUUUCCCAACGGUUAUAGUCCGCCUAUCGCCCUCCCCUUUACCCACCGUGACGAAUUCAUAAGAAAAUUCGAAGCUCCUCAACUUAGAUAUCGAUUUUUUCAUUUCUCGUCCAAGUCAAUAGCAACACUUAAAGCCAAAGCCAUUUAUGAAAGUAAUAACAACAAAAUCUCUUCCUUUCAGGCCUUGUGUGCCUUUGUUUGGAGGCCAAUGGUUCGAGCAAACCGAUUACCUCAUGAUCAAGUUAUUCAUAACGGUUUACUUGCCAAUACUAGGCAUAGGCUAGAUCCGCCUUUACCUGAAUACUAUUUCGGAAACUCUAUUAAAUCGAUUAGUACAAGUACUACGGCAGGUGAAUUACUCGAAAACAAUUUAGGGUGGGCGGCAUCAUUGUUACACCACGGGGUGGCAAAUCUGAAUGACAAACUUGUGCGUGACUCGAUCAAUGAAUGGUUGCAAUCUCCUUAUUGUUUACAUCAUGCAAAGUUGUACAACUAUAACACGACAACGAUAGAGAGAUCGCCUAGAUUUGACAUGUAUGGCAACGAAUUUGGUCUAGGGAAAGCAGUAGCUGUUCGUAGUGGGUACGCAAACAAGGCUAUAGGAGUAGUAUAUGCUUGUCCGGGGCACGAAGGGGGCGGAGCUGUAGAUCUUGAGAUAUGUUUGCCACCUGAUUCGAUGAAUGCCCUCGAAUCAGACCAAGAGUUCAUGGCCUUUGAAAAUAUAUAUAUGUGUUAGAGAUAAGAGCUAGAUAUUAUCAAUCUUUGAAAAUAUGUUUGUGUAUUAUGUUUACAUAUUGAUUGAUAUUUGGAAAUAGUACAUUUGGAUUAUUCAUGUUAAUAUAUUUUUAGUGAAAUAUUUUAUACAUACUUCGGUGUACUGUACACUGAACUAACCUAACCAAAAGUUAGU